AUGGCUCACCAAGGUCAAGCAGCAGAUUACUACAAUCAGACCAUGGGAGGUGCCCCAUAUCGAGCGCAGAAUUAUCAGUCAUAUCCUCCUCCUUCUAAUGCUCCACAACAGCCGUACCCACCCCCUCAGCAGCCAUACCAACAUCAAGAACCCAAGUACUCCAUUGCACCUCCCAUUUAUGGUGAGAACUUCGUUCCUCCUCAAGACGACAAACAGACCUUCCAGGAGACGUUCAAGAUCCAAAAACCCAAAUUUAAUGAUGUGUGGGCUGGAUUGCUGCUCAUCGCAACCUUCUGUGGAUUUGUCGCCGUUUCAGGACUCACUUUGUACCGCUACUCCAAAUAUCAUAGCUUCAACGGGGGAGGAAUCUACGGGGCCUCGAACGAUUUCUCCCUGGACACCAAUACCCUUAUCCUCUUCGCCUUCAUCCUGUGCGUCGGCCUCGUCUUCUCCUGGGCCUACUUCCUCGCCGCUCGCGCCUUCACAAAACAGUUUGUCUGGCUGACUGGCAUCCUCAAUUGUGCCUUGGCAAUCGGCACUGCCGUCUACUAUCUUUACCGGCAUCUGUGGGGAGCAGGCAUUGUUUUUGCCGUCUUCGCCCUCUUUGCCGUCAUUUGCUUCAUCAGCUGGAUCCCACGCAUACCCUUCGCAGUCGUGAUGCUACAACAAACAAUGGACGUUGCUAGAAUGAGGCGAGUGCAUGUAUUCUGGGUCAGCUUCAUCGGUGGAAUUGCUAGCGUGGCAUUUGCUGCCUGGUUCUCCGCGACCCUCGUUGCAAUUUACACGUCUUACAUGCCUGGAAAUUCCAGCAGCGCCGCCAAUCCAUCCUGCCCACAGGCGGGCUGCUCGAGCGGCAAGGUGAUUGGACUCGUGGUGUUCGUGACAUUUGCGGGCUAUUGGAUUACAGAAUGGAUCAAGAACACUAUUUACACCACCAAUGCUGGCGUGUAUGGUUCGUGGUAUUUUUGUGCUGGUAAACCAGGUGGUAUUCCGCGAGGGGCAACGGCUGGGGCCUUGAGGCGGGCAACAACCUACUCCUUUGGCUCCAUCUCCUUCGGCAGCCUUAUUGUUGCGCUCAUUAAUAUGUUUCGUCAAGCCUGCAGUAUUGCUCAACAGCAAGAAGCCUCGGAUGGUAACAUCGUCGGGACGAUCAUGUUUUGCAUUCUUGGCUGCUUCAUCAGCAUUCUCAAUUGGCUUGUUCAAUUCAUCAACAGGUACGCAUUCUCUCACAUCGCUCUUUACGGAAAGGCAUACAUCCCGGCGGCCAAAGACACGUGGAAAAUGAUGAAGGACCGAGGCGUUGAUGCCUUGGUCAACGACUGCCUUGUAGGGCCCGUCCUUACCAUGGGAAGCGUUUUCGUGGCAUAUGUCUCCGCAUUGUUGGCAUAUCUGUAUCUCGAAUAUACUCAUCCGGCAUACAACGAAGGGCGGACCUUCACACCUGUCAUCAUGGCGUUUGCUUUCCUCAUCGGCUUGCAGAUCUGCCAGACUUUUACGACCCCCAUCGGAUCUGGGGUGGACACCAUUUUCGUGGCCAUGGCUUGGGAUCCCCAAGUCGCCAUGACAGAUCAUCCAGAGUUCUGGGAGCGCCUCGUGCACGUCUAUCCUCGGGUCCAACAAGUCCUAACCGGUGUCUGA